AAAUUUUAAACACAUUUUAUCCAGAACCUAAAAGUUAUUUUCUCUUAAAUUUACCCGGAAUUUACAAAUAGAUCCGAUAUAAAUCGCAGCUAAAGUGUAACUUGAGUAAAAUGAGAAGGCUCUCAGUAAAUGGGUGUGUGCUAUUGUUUUAAAGACCAAUGAUAAAUGUGAUUAUGUAAUAAAUUCUCCUUAAAGAUUUCAUCUUUUCCAUUUGGCAUUAAAAAAAAGUUGAGCUUACAAGUGUGCUAGCUUUUAAUAUUAAAGUAUUGUAAAUUUUGGAUAGUUCAAAAAAUGCAAUUUGUUCAAAAGUUUAAUCAAUAAGGAACUAAUUUAAUGUUGUGUUUUUGGUUUAUAAUUAUAACUUUAGUAACUGGUGCCACCUAAGUAUUGAUUUUGCAGGCUAGAUCCAGGCUUACCUCACAAUUUAUUUAAUCAAACAUCAAAAUGGGUCAACUUUUUACACAUCUCAAAAAAGAUGAAACCACUGUUUUUAGCCAAGCGUUUAAAUUAAAGUUUAGUGAUAGUGUUGGAGUAGAUUGGAGAACUCUUGGGCGUUGGUUAAAUAUUGAGGAAAAUUAUUUAGACAUGAUUGAUCAAGAAAAUUUAAAAAUUAAUGCAAAAGCAUAUUCAAUGUUAACAAAAUGGUUGCAAAUGAAUGAUAAUCCAACAGUUGAUGAGUUGAAAAUAGCUUUAAAGAAAAUGAAUAGAAUGGAUCUAAUAAGAAAAGUAGAAGAAUUCACAAAUUCUUCAAAUCCACUAGAUGUUGCUAGCAGAGUUCAUGUCAAUAAAGGUAUAUCAGAGGUAUGCACAGCACUAAAAAAUUAUUAUCUGAAAUAUUAUGGCAAAAUAAAUGAACUUCAACCACUAUUAAAUGCACCUGCUAAUGUUGAUCUAAUACAAAAGUUUGUUGAUCUAUGUAUUGUUGAUGCGCAUAAUGCUCAAAUGGAUGUUGUUUGUAGCGUUGAACGAAAGAAAUUUCUUGAAAAGCAAAUGAGUUAUACACCAAUUCCAUAUAGUAAAAUAUUUAUGAACGAAAAAUCAGUAAUAUUAAUAUCUGGAAUAGCUGGUAUUGGAAAAACAUGGUUGCUCAGAAAGUGUUUGCUCGAUUGGUCGAAUAAUUUGAUUUGGAAUAAUGUUGAACUUGUGUUUUAUUUGGAAUGCAGGAGGCUUAAUCAAUAUCAAAAUGUUUCGAGUAUUAAUGAAUUACUAAAUGUUUUCUACAAAGAUAUUUUAAAUGAUUUUGAUAUUAGUAAGCAUACUGCUUUGUUUAUAAUUGAUGGAUUAGAUGAAUUUAAAUAUUUAAAUGAAUUAUUAAACCCAAAUUUAAGUUGUAUCUUUCCGAUUGUUAAUGUUUUAGCAGAAAUUCAAAGUUAUAAACAUGUAGUUGCUGGUAGAGUUUAUGCAAUUGAUAAAUGCCAAAAAAUAUAUAGAGAGUAUGGGGAUAAGUUAACUAUUCAAAUAAUGGGGUUUAACCAAGAUGGAGUUGAAAAUUAUGUAGAAAAUCAUGUUAUAGAAGAAAAAAAAGAAGUUGUUAAAGCAACUUUAAAGGAGUCUCCACUUGCAAAAGUUAUGGCAACUGUUCCGUUUUAUUUAUCUUCCAUGUGUAAAAUUAUUAGUGAUUCAAGCAAAAUAUAUACAACUUCUUUCUUAACGAUGACAGAAUUGUAUGCAAAUAUUUUUUUAUACUUUUUGCAACAACACAUUAUAAAAAACAAUGGAUUGGUUUAUGAAAUGAUGGCAAAUGAAAAUAAUAAAAAAUAUGUAUUAACCAUUUGUAGGAUAGCUUUUGAAUUGUUUAUUGAAAAUAAAUUUAUUUUUUCAAAAGAAGAAGUUUUACUAUUUAUCAAUAACUUUAAUGAAGUUGAUGAAAGUCUUUUUGGUUUUAUUGAAAGGGUUGAAACACAUCUAGGUUAUUUUUACCAAUUUGCACAUUUGACUGUAAUGGAGUUUUGUGCAUCUGUAUAUGCAUACAAUUGUUUAAGCUUUGAAGAGAUUAUGGCCAAUGAGAAGCUGAAGAGUUGUUUAUCAAUGAUUUGUGGAUUAAGCAAUAAAAACCAAAAUAUUUUGUUAAAGUUUCUUGUUAACCUGAAUCCUUCUAAAAAAUCAAAAGAGGAGUCUUCACUUUCGGUUUCUAUUUUGGAUGGAAUCAAAGAACAAACCAUUACAACAGUUCGAUAAACCAAAACUUGUUGCAGUUGUAAAACCGUACAAUUCAGAAAAACCAAAACCAAAUCCGUAUAUGUACGAUUCACAUGGAAAUCAAAUACAUAGUUGGGAAGUUCGUUAAAGCUGUUAUAUUUGUUUUUACAAUAAUAGAAGUUCUUUUUGCAUUUUAAAUGGAAGUAUUUAAUUUUAUUAAAAAAAGUGGUAUACAAAUAUGCAAGUUUUUUCAAUGUGUUGGAAACUUUGUUAAACUUAAUGCGAUAAAAUUAUAUAAUUAUACAAAAUUGGAAAAGAUAGCAAAAUUGUUGUUACUCGUUUCUGGAAAGAUUGCAAAUUUUUUGUUAAUGGUUUUGGUGUUUACGUUGCUGACAUUAUUAAUGAUAUUAUUCUUUCUUUUUGGAACACUACAAUAUAUUGUUUGUGUGCUAUUAGUCAAAAUAAAUGAAUAUGAACCUUUAUGAAUUGGAGAAGAUUUGUAGAGAAGUAUUAAAUAAUACUGACAAAAGAAAAUAUAAAUCAAUCGAGGAAAUGAUGGACAAGUCAGAUUGUAUUGUAGAAAUUAUAAACUUUACAAAUUUAAAAGUACUUUAUGAAUUUUGUUUUAUAUUAACGUGUAUACGAAAAAAAUAUUUUUAUAUUAUUGUUAUUGAUACUCCGGGUUAUAAAGAGAAACAGUCGAGUUUGGAAUCGUUUAUCAUAUGGAAAUUUGAUAUACAUAACAAACGUUUAGUUGUAUUAUUAAAACGCUUGGAAAAUUUUAUUAAUUAUUAUAAGGGUUACGAAAAAUUUAACUUAAAACACGAGCAUGUAUACGGUUGUAAUACAAUAUUUAAUAAAUUAA